AGAUGGCGUUGUCUCCAUGGCGAUGUAAUCGAAGUAAUGGAGCUUCCUUUAAAAGACCACAGCAGACUUCUACCGCGAGAUCGCCAAUCAGCAAGGGGAGAGAGAGAAGACGAAGCCGGAGCACCCGCCGGCGAUUCAUAAGUUUGCUCGAUCUAUCUCACACUCUCUCACUCCUGCGGCGUUCUGGCGAUGGAUCAGGCAAUGGCGAUUCGAUCGGUGGGCGGUUCGUCUGUUUUGAGCGUUAGCUCGGCUUUUGGUGGCCGGAAGAUCGGCUUCGAUGAGUUCGGAGCUGGAAAGGUGCCGGUAAAGGUUUAUCCGGGUAGGAAUCGGAGCAGGAGUGGUUGGUCAUCGAAUAUUGUUUCUGUGGUCAAUAGGUUGUCUCCGUCUGAGUCGAGUGUUCUUCCCGUUUCACCGGAAGAUGCGCCGAAGGUGGAAGAGGUGGUUAAAAAACUAGAAACCGUUCAAAAAAUUGGGGAAGUAUCAUCAGGAGUGUGGUCUAAGCCAAAUGUCAGGAGGAAAACAAAAAUAGUUUGCACCAUUGGCCCAUCAACAGACACUAUGGAGAUGAUAUGGAAGCUAGCUGAGACUGGCAUGAAUGUUGCUCGCCUUAAUAUGUCUCACGGAGACCAUGCAUCUCACCAGAAAGUAAUCGAUCUGGUCAAGGAGUACAAUGCACAGAACCGAGAAAAUGUGAUCGCCAUUAUGCUUGAUACAAAGGGCCCGGAAGUUAGAAGUGGUGAUUUGCCCCAGCCAAUUUAUUUGCAAAGUGGCCAGGAGUUCACUUUUACGAUAAAAAGAGGAGUUGGCAAUGAAAGCUGCGUUAGUGUCAACUACGAUGACUUUGUUAAUGAUGUAGAGGCAGGUGACAUGCUUCUAGUGGAUGGGGGAAUGAUGUCUUUUCUGGUUAAAUCUAAAACUGAAGAUUCUGUCAAAUGUGAAGUUUUUGAUGGUGGUGAACUAAAGUCCAGGCGACAUCUUAAUGUUCGUGGUAAAAGUGCAACUCUACCAUCCAUUACAGACAAGGACUGGGACGACAUCAAGUUCGGAGUUGACAACCAAAUAGAUUACUAUGCGGUUUCCUUUGUCAAAGAUGCAAAAGUUGUGCAUGAGUUGAAGGAUUAUCUGCAAAAAUGCGGAGCUGAUAUUCAUGUAAUUGUAAAAAUUGAAAGUGCUGAUUCAAUCCCAAAUCUUCAUUCUAUACUCUCUGCAUCUGAUGGGGCAAUGGUUGCAAGAGGAGAUCUCGGAGCUGAACUUCCAAUUGAGGAGGUUCCACUUUUGCAGGAGGAGAUUAUUAGAAUUUGCCGAAGCAUGGGAAAAGCUGUUAUUGUGGCGACAAACAUGCUGGAGAGUAUGAUUGUUCAUCCAACACCUACUCGGGCUGAAGUUUCAGACAUCGCCAUUGCAGUUCGUGAAGGUGCUGAUGCCGUGAUGCUCUCGGGGGAAACUGCUCAUGGAAAAUUCCCGCUAAAAGCGGUUAAGGUCAUGCACACAGUAGCUUUAAGGACUGAAGCAACUAUAGCUGGAGGAGAAAAACCAACUAAUCUUGGACAGGCUUUCAAGAACCACACAAGCGAAUUGUUUGCUUACCAUGCAACUAUAAUGUCAAAUACUCUUGGAGCAUCAAUUGUCGUCUUCACGAGAACUGGAUUUAUGGCAAUCCUUCUCAGCCAUUACCGGCCUUGUGGCACCAUAUUUGCUUUCACCGAUCAGGAGAGAGUGAGACAGAGGUUGGCCUUGUACCAAGGGAUUUGUCCUAUAUAUUUGCAGUUCUCUGAAGAUGCGGAAAAGACGUUCACAGAGGCCCUUUCCUAUUUGCAGAAACAAGGAAUGCUAAAGGAAGGUGAGCAGGUUGCUCUUGUUCAGAGUGGGAGAAAACCCAUAUGGAGAUCACAGUCUACUCAUAAUAUUCAGAUCAAGAAGGUUUAGCUUUUGAAACCUUUAUAUUCUUCAAAUUACCUUAUGGGCCUAUUUCUGCCUAUUUCUGAGUUGUCUGCAGAACAUGCCUUGCCUUUUUUUUUUCAAAUUUAUCUU